AUGCCAGAAGAAGUUAUUGAGGCAUUGCGUGAAUGGAUAAGCAAUGACGACUGCAAAUUGCAAGAGUUGAAGAUUUAUGACGAAUCAUGCUUGUUGCCAGCAUUCAACACGAGUACUGAAGAGCAAUUAUUAUUCAAGAACAGGAUUCUGAAGCGGCUUGAAUUUAUAAGUGCCAAUGUUGCAAGAUAUGGCUUGAAUGGGUUGUUCAAUGCAUUUACAAACUUGAGAUUUUUGUCGCUCUUUGGCAGCGAGGUUUGUGAUCUACCCCCUUUGGGAUCUAUUCUAUGCAAGGGUGGCUGCAAGAUUGACGAGGUAGACUUACAAUUCAAUUGCAUCAGUUAUGAUUCAAUCAUGAACUUUUCAACAAAGAUGAAGGAUAUGAACGAAGAUUUUUACACCAUUGCACUUGAGCUUCAACCCGUUUAA